CAAGUCUCAGAGGGGGGCCUGGCCUGCCCCACGGGACCGCCCGCCCGCCAUGGCGGCGGGCGCGGGGGCAUACAGCCCACGGGCGGGCGUUCUGGCCACGGUCUUCCGGUGCAGUGGGACCGCUGUCUCGCGUGUGUUGCGCACCGCGGACUUCUGGGUGUUCUACGGGAUCUUCAUCUUCUUCUUCGGGGUCUUCAAAGUCGGCAUGGCAGAAUACUAUCUCGGAGACGAGGGCGAACUCGACUUCCUGAAGUACGACUGGAAAGCCUGCGUCCGCUGGGACCAGCUCGAAAUUGUCCUUUACAUAUGCACCUUUUCCUCAGUCUUCUUCCUGUGGCAGUGCAGUCAGCUCUACCUGGAACUUCACGAGCUCAUGCGACGCAUGCUCUCCGACGCGUACGACUCAGCGUACCUGCUGCGCAGCUACGUUCAGCCCUCGGGUUGCCCUCCCUACGAUCGAGUAGCCUGUCGCUGGCUGGUCACCACGGUGCUUCUCUUCUUCAACGAGGCGAGGCAUGGCUGCGUGGAUCAGUCUGGAUGGGACAGGCUGGUCGAAUUCAAGCUGGUGGGCAAGGAGGAGGCAGACUUUCUGUCGGAAUUGACAGACGGGCAGCGGUUCCUGGUGAUGAUGCACUGCGUGGCAGACGUGGCGAAAACGGGCCUUCAGGUGGCUGGAGUACCCCCCAAUGUGGAGUCCGAUGUGAUCCGCCGGCUUCUCCAGUAUGGCAAUUCCCGAAGCACGCUGAUGGAAACAUUGCGCAACCCUAUCCCGUAUCCGUAUUUCCAUUUGAUGAAGUUCAUGAUUAUGAUCACGCUUUUCCUUUGGGGGUUUGGAGCAGCAACCACGGACUGUUGGUUCGCGCCGCUGCGGAUUUCGUCUUGGUCACCUUCCUCAUGGGCGUGAUGGACACAGCGUAUCAGAUGAAGAACCCAUUCAUGAACGAUGAUGCGGACGUUUAUUUAAGUUUUUGGGUGACGGAGUUUCUCCAGAAUUUCUCCACGCUCGUGGAACUGGAUCUGGGUAUGGUCGACGGCUGGCGGCUGGUCAUGGAGCCCGAGCCGCUGGCCCGCAGCAGGCUGAAGCAGAAGGAUCUGCACGGCAUGUUCGGCCACGAGAAGCCGGCACACCUGCUGCCGAGGGGUGCGAAGGGGUGGCACCCGAAGGCCUCGGAGGCGGAGGCGCCCAGUAGCGCCUCGGCAGCCACUGUCGAGCAUGCGCGCGCUGAGACUCAGAGGUCGCUGCCAACCUGGAGGAGUAGAAGGACUGUAUGGAGGAAGAGGUGGUGGCGGAGGAGGAGGAAGAAUGGGAUGUGUAGUAGUAGUGGUGGUGG